ACCAAACAUCACUCAUUAUUGACAGCCAGAACGCACACGCUCUUACAGCCAGUAACUUUAUACUCACAUUCACACCAACUUACACACGACCAAACCGCAAUCAUGGGCGUCGUCUCGGCCAUCUUUCUCGUCCUCAUCACCAUCCUCUUCCCUCCCAUCGGUGUCUGGGCCGUUGCAGGAUGUGGAAUGGAUCUGUUCAUCAACAUCUGCCUGACCAUUCUGGGCUACAUACCGGGUCAUAUCCACGCAUUCUACAUCGAGUACGUGUAUUACGAUCGCCGCGAGCAGGCGCGCGAGGGGCGAUUUGCAACUGGACCAGCGCCGGGCGUGUACUCGGAUAAUGUACAGACGGGAGGCCAGGGCUACGGCACGAUGGCUCAUCCCACGGCUUGA